UGAAUGAGUAUGCCGUGGCGUAUGGCACCAUCACUAUGGGAAGGCAAGCCUAUUGUAAGGUUGCAUUUCGAAGACUUCAAUAAUUAAAGAUAUCAAUCUCAAGGCUUCACCAACAAUAUGGACCCAUACAGUUUUUUUCAGUAUCAUUCACAGUCUGGAAGCUAUGCGACUCCCUUGCACCAUGUCGAUGAGCAUGUAUCGCAUGAUUCACGUCCUAAUUUAUCAAAGAAUGUUUCAAAUUUCCGUUUGGACCAUGCCAACCACACUACGUCAAACAAUGCUGCAUCUCUCAAUGCUACUCAGCCAUCAUCUCAGGACUAUCUUGCCUGUCAGGGCUUCCCCGACAGCACGGCCAGAAGAGGGUGUUCUGAGGCAUCGCUUGCUAGCAGCUGCAUCGACGCAAAUAACAACUCAGCGAUUCAAAUAAAAGGUGCCGAAAUUUCUAAUAAAAAUGAGUAUGUUCAAGAAAACAUCCCGCCUGCUUCAUCAAUGUCCGAUAAUCAGUAUUCGUUUUCGACAAAAAAUAUGUUAGGUAGGUACGGAUCUUCGUCUACUCAGCAGCCAGCAAAAUACAGCGAGGCCACGCACCCGGGCACGACUGAGCAACGGGUACGUCAUGGAGACUUUAAAGCAAGCUUUAUGCGUUCAGGAUCUUCAUUUGUUCCGCCUGUUAAGUCAACACAACAGUAUUCAUCAUCUCAAAGUAAUAACAUACGCGGAGGCUAUCAACGAGAAGUAGUUUCAUCACAACGAAAACCACUCGCUGAAUUCCCUCAGCAGCUACAGGCCGGGUACAGCAGUGAACACGUGGAUUUUGAAGACAACAAACCCAAAGACUCAUUAGGAAUCAACAUGAACGAUCGCUCAGCUUUGCCUCUCAUUCGUGUUACGAGUAUCAAUGUAAACAAGGACAUCCAAGGACCGUGCAUGAAGAAUCAAUCCUCCACACCGACAGCCGCCGAUGCACGUGGCCCUGCCGGACCAGCAGCAGCGAUGAUGACGAAACACGGCAACCUGCGAGCUGUUGCUGAACUGCCCCCCCGCUUCCGCUCCAUAUUCAGCGAAUUCCCGUACUUCAAUGUGGUGCAGAGCACCGUCUUCGAUUGUGUUUACAAUUCAGAUGACAGCGUCGUAGUGUCGGCCCCCACGGGCUCCGGCAAGACGGUAGUCAUGGAGCUGGCCAUCAUCAGGGCUGUGAUGAACUGCUCCUGCAACACCAACAAACUCAAGAUUGUCUACA